AUGACUACCCAUAUACUUACUCCUCCUGUGUCACCAACCCUUCCCCGACUAGUCCUCUGUGCAGAUGGAGGCGGGUCAAAAGUAUGUGUAGUCAUACGUUCAAAUGAUGGAUUGCAAGUCAGGGGAGUUGCUGGACCAUGCAAUGUUCAAAGCGUAGGAUAUGGACCAGCUUCACAAUCACUUUUACUAGCAACUUAUCGAGCCUUAAUUCAAUUACCGAAAUCACACCUUCCAUCAGCUCUGUAUAUCCCAAACCUCUCUCUCUCUCCCCUAUCUGACCUUCGACCCAACACUCCUUCUUCCGUAUACUCUGUGGGCGACACAGGAGAGUCUUCUAGAUCAGCAAGAUUACCUAAUAUCAACAUGUCACUGUUCCGAUAUGCAUGGUUAGGAUUGGCUGGCGUGAAUUGUCAAGCGGAUGCGGACGGUUUCAUCGGUUACGCAACUAGCGCUCUUUGUUUGACUGAAGAUGAAAUCAGGUUGUCAAAUGAUGUCAACCUUCUGGCUGCUCCAGCUCUUGCUAUACCUGGAAUAGAUCAUGUCGUCGCUGUGGUGGCUGGCACCGGUACUAUUGGACGUACGAUAAGAGUUUCACCAUUGAAUGCCAAUCCCACAGAUUCCCUUUCAACGCUUAAUAAUAUUCGAAAACGAUCAUUGCCAUUGGAGGAUGUAGCGAUCUCCAGGGGAUGGGGAUACCUACUAUGCGAUGAAGGUUCGGCUUUUUGGCUUGGGAGACUUGCCAUACGAAACGUUCUCUCUCUUGCAGAUAGACAAGCUUCGACCUCUGUAUAUUCAUCGGUCACUCCAUCAAUGUUACCUCUUCAUCGAGAUAUAUUGAGGCAUUUCGGUACCACCGAUCCUGCAGAGUUGAUAAACUUGGCAUCUCUGUCGAACGGUGCUUUUGAAGGAUCAGAUAUCGGCGAAGCUACAUCCAAAAGAAACGCCAUGAUCGCUUCGGCUGCUAGAGUAAUCCUGAAAUGGGCCUUCCCAGGUGAUAAUCCGCUUGGGUUAAGUGGUUUACCUACUCCUCCAGCAAGUACAGAUGGUGAAUCGGAAACCGAAGCAGAGAAUGACAUGGAAAUGGAAGUAGAUUUGGAGUCUCACAGCGAUAUACCGAAUUCAAAAUCAUUAUCACAUAAAACGACUGGAGAGAUUUUGGUGUCCAGACCAGAAGAACAUCAAAUGUCACAUCUUGAAGCUCUUCGACUGACUAGAAAAUCAAUAAUACCAUUGAUAGAAUUAACGGAAUCGUUACUUGGUGAUUCAACGAUAGUAAAAACGGAUAAAUCAGCGUUGGUAUUAGGUGGUGGAUUGGUGAUGUCAAAUGGAUAUAGAAAAUUAUUACUCGACGGUUUGAAAAAGGAGAAUAUCGAAUUCAAUAGGAUAUUGAUAGUGGAUGACGCUGCAGGGGAAGGUGUAAAAGCUUUAAGCCAGAUCGAAUUUGGAAUAUGA